GGUACACAUAGGGCGGUUACACUAGUCUUGUAUGUAGAUUUCAGGAAUGCUGUGAAAUAUUGACACAACCAGUCUGUUGUUCUUAGCCAAUGGGCUGACAGCGGGGGCGGGCCAUAAUGCUGAGUGACAUUCCUCGGGACGCCCUGCUCCGCCCACUCACCAGGAAUGAAGUAGUGGGAAUGUUGGUGAGGCUGACUGUGUUUGGGGCUGCAACAUAUUACAGCAUCAAAUGGGUGGUGGAUGCUUUGGACCCGACACAAAAACAAAAAUCCCAAGCCAAGAAAAGGGCAGAGCAGUUGAUGAAGCAGAUUGGUGUCGAUGGUGUCAGUCUUACGGAGUAUGAGAUGAACAUCGCCACUCUUCUGGUUGAUCCUCGCAGCAUCAAAGUGACCUGGAGAGAUGUUGCUGGGCUAGAUGAGAUCAUCUCAGAGAUGCAAGACACUGUCAUUUUGCCUUUCCAGAAACGUCAUCUCUUCAGUGGUUCCAAACUCUUGCAACCUCCCAAAGGUGUACUAUUGUAUGGACCCCCAGGGUGUGGAAAGACUUUAAUUGCCAAAGCAACAGCGAAAGCAUCUGGAUGCCGCUUUAUUAAUCUACAGGCCUCCACUUUGACCGACAAGUGGUACGGCGAAUCACAGAAGUUGACCGCUGCUGUAUUCUCAUUGGCUGUCAAGAUUCAGCCAUGCAUCAUUUUCAUUGAUGAAAUAGAUUCAAUUCUGAGGAAUCGUUCCAGUAUGGACCAUGAGGCCACUGCUAUGAUGAAGGCCCAGUUCAUGAGUCUGUGGGAUGGACUUGACACCGGAGAAAACAGCCAGGUAAUGGUGAUGGGAGCCACUAACAGACCACAGGAUGUGGAUGCAGCAAUACUGCGCAGAAUGCCUACUGCCUUUCAUGUAGGCCUGCCUAAUGCAGUUCAAAGAGAAGAAAUCCUUAGACUUAUCCUGGCUGGUGAAAAUUUAAGUAAUGCGAUUAACCUGAAGGAAAUCGCGAGUCAAAGCGAGGGCUACUCCGGCAGUGAUCUGAAAGAGCUGUGCAGGGACGCCGCCAUGUACCGCGUCAGAGACUACGUCCGCAAACAGCAGAUGAAACAGAUCGCACAACAGUUCCAACUGGAUGAAGAGGAAGAGCAUGUGGACAGCAGGCAGCUGAGGCCCGUGACUCAACUGGACCUGCUGUUUGGCCUAGAUAAGAUGAGAGAGUCCAAACAGGCCACAGCUACAACUGACCCAGCAAAUAUGAGAGAGGUGCCUCUGGACUGAAAAACCUCUCACUUUACACAUUCACAAAUUCUCUCUCACACCUCUCUUUUUUUCCACCUCAUCUUUUUUUUACUCCUUUUUAAAUUAUUUUUUCUGCCUUUUUCACAUUUCUGUUACAUCUCAAACAUUAUUCCUUUUUGCACUGUAAUGAAUGAAAUAAGAUAUUCAAGAAUGUGACUGCAUAUUUAUAGUAAAACAAUACUAAAUUGGCAUUCAUUAUUCUUGAGUAUUUUAGUUUGAUUAAAUUAUUUAUAAGAGCAUCUGUGUUGUAUAGGGGUGUCCAAACAUGCUCCUGGCUUCAAGGAAAGUGUGUUGGAGCUCAACUUUGCAGGACAGUGCUUGUCCAGGAACAAGUUUGGUUACCUUUGCUAUAGAUACUGGACCACAUUUUCUUGAGAGUUUGGAGAUCAUUUGCUGUGUCUAUAGAGUUCAGAUUUGCUGAAACACUAGGUGUAGCCAAACUGUCUUAUUAGGAUGCAUGAGUGUUAAAGUGAAUGGUGCAUGCGUGAUCUUCGUUAACAUCAAUAUAGCUGUCUUGUGUCAGGAGUUAUAUUUCAACCUCAAAUUCAAAACAAACGCAAAAAAAAUGUGACUAGAUUGUGUUCUGCUUUAUUUGUCUAAAGCAAAGAAUAAUAAUAAUAUAUGUCAUACACUCUUGCCAAAAUUUGCAGAAGAUGCAUACUAAAAUGACAUUCAGCAUAACAGUAGUUUUAUAUCGCAAUCUUGUGGUCCAUAUUUAAUCAUUUGGUGUCAUAUUAAAAGAUUUAAAAGAUCUCAGCCCCCAAAAUAUGCUUUAUAUAAAUAUAACUUUACCAUUACAUCUUCAAACCACUAGUUUUUACUUAUUUGUCAGCAAGACAUGUUCCACCUAUUAUUUUAUCAUGAAUAUAAUACAGAAUUUCACCCAUAUUUUUAUUUCUAUUUUAAAAAAAUCACCUUCAUUUUGUUUAAAAACUAACAAACAUUUAUUUAGAGACUUUAAUUAAAUUAAAUAUGCUUCUAAUGUAUAUAAAAUCCUUUUUGUAUGUUUUAUUUGAUGGGAACACCAACAUUGGAGGUCUCGUCUUUUGGCAUGUGUAUACAAAAACAAUAUACAAAUUGUUAUUACUAUAUUGUAAUAUUUGUUACACCAGAGAGAAUGAGAAAAAUCUGUGAUACUUUAUUUUACAGUGUUCUUCCAACAUUUUAAAUGCACUUACUGUUUAAAAAAAGUAAUGGCAUGUUCUAAACAUAAACCAAAUCUAUUACUUACCCUAUAUCACAUUUUGUUAAAUAUUAUAACCACAUUUUGCUCAGCACUUAUUUAUAAAUGUAUAUAAUAAUGUUGUAACAAGGACACCUUCAAAUAAUGUGUAAUCCAUACAUUUCCAUUUGUAAUUCUUUUGGGUUUGGGGUUGAAAUAUUUCUUAAUGAAAUGAAAUUGAUUAGACAAUAAUUUGUUUUGGUGAUCAAAAAUGAUUAGUCAUUGGGUUGGAAGUAUCUAAAACUGCUGCAAAAAACAACUCCAUAUGGAUGGCUUUAUAUUAACUUGGAGCAAGGUUACAAAAGGAAUAAAUUAUGAGGUAAUUUGGUGCUGCAUGUACCUCUAUCUCUACUGAAAAUAGUCAUUUUACACCAGCCAUUGAAAGAUGUAGAAAUGCACAAUAUAUCGGUGGCUGAAUAAUGCUAUUUUUAAUGUUAUCGUUAUCAGUCUGAUAUCAAAAUUAGGCCGAUAUCUUUUAGCCUAUAAUUUACAUAAUUGUACAGAACUGCCUGCCUUGAAAGCAGGACAGAAUCUUGCGGGAGUGCGGUAAUAAGUGUCAAAUGACUAACAACAGUACAUUACUCUAACACUUAAAUUCGAGAACAUUUGAGCUGGUUUCAGUUCGUAGUUUUUUCAUUUUAUUUAAAAUAUAUUUAUUUAACUUGUUUGCUAAUUAAAUCCAGUUUUGUCAUUUAUAAUAUUAUUUUUUAUGCAACAGUCAAGUUGCAUGUUAUUUUUCUAUGCAAAGAAAAGGAAAUAAUUUAUUUUUGGCAUGCUGAUUUAUGUGAAAUUGUGAAUAUAGGUCUAUAUAAUCAAUUGAAAUUAUAGCUGUUUUUGCUUUAAGUAGACUAUUCUAAGAUCUGUUCAAAAUUUUAGGAAGUUUUUAAAAUAAAAUCAGCUGUUCACUCUACUACAAAAUAAAAUGUUUUAAUAUUUAUAUCUAUAGCUAAUAUAUCCGUUAUCAGCCUCCAAAUAUAAAGAUUUAUUGUUAUCAGUAUUGCCCCAAAAAUCCAUAUUGGUGCAGCCCUAGGAAGAUGUUUAAAGUCUAUUUAUCUAUAUAAGUGUGUUUUGAAAGGUUUCACUUGGAACUUUGCCAAUAGCUAAUAAUAGUACAUCAAAGUAUCAAACCAGCAUUAAUUAAUACCUUUUUAGCUACUAAAAUGGCAUCCCAGACUCAUUGGAAAUACAUGUCAGGCUACGUUUUUGUGAAAUGUAAAAUACAUUCCUCUGGUUAUGUUUCAUUGCACGUUUUAGAUGAUAAAUCCACUAGAGGGGGCUCUCUACAUUUUUGUGAAUCUGAAAUAAAUAACUUAGAAUGCGUUUUUUGUUUUGUUUUGUUUCAAAUACACGUCCUUCUUGUAUACAUCCACAAGAAGGUGGGGCUUGUCGUACAGAUCACCUAGCGAACCACUGACCUAAACCCUUCCCUAAUAGUGUUUUCAAAAGCAAACCAAAUGAAAAAAAAGGCAUCUUAACAGCAUAGUUUUACCUUGUUUUUUACAUUGCUUUACCUCUUUUGUGGACAAGUAUUCAAAGUGAGCUACUGAGAAAACUGGCCAUUCCAGAAAUGCUUUAAUUAUAUUUUUAUUGAUAUUAAUUCACUGUUUAAUGCAUGUUUAAGUGUGUCCAAACUUAUGUUAUGCACGUCUUUCAGUGUCACAACAAUGUAGACUGAAGCAUGUAUUUCCAAUGAGCCUGUGUUUUGUUGCAAAAUGGGCAUCUUUUUUUAAAACUACCAAAUUACUCCAAUUACUACUAAGGUUUCUGGCCUUUCACCAGCUCUAAAUGCAAAAUAUUUGCUGUUGCCAAACCGUUCCACGUACUUAAACAAGUGUUUUUCUAUUUGCACAAUAUUUGUUAGAAGACAAUCAUACGUCUCCAUGUAUUAUUUUGAUAAUUUGUGUAAGAAAAACAUGUCUGGAUGCUUAAUUAACCAUUCAUCAAGCAUUAGGUACUGAAAUGGCAAAUAAAUGUAUUCAGAUUCAA